AUGGCCUCCUCCACGGCGUCCGACGCCAACUGGCGCGCCGAGAUUGCGGCGCGCGUCGAGAAGGAUGCGCGGCCACAGACGGACGACGUGCUGGCGACAAAGGGCAACGACUUUGAGGACUACUUCCUCAAGCGUUCGCUGCUCAUGGGCAUCUUCGAGGCCGGCUUCGAGCGGCCGUCGCCGAUCCAGGAGGAGGCGAUUCCCAUUGCGCUGACGGGCCGCGACAUUCUGGCGCGCGCCAAGAACGGCACGGGCAAGACGGCCGCCUACAUCAUCCCCACGCUCGAGCGCCUGCGUCCCGAGCGCACCGCCAUCCAGGCCGUGCUGCUCGUGCCCACGCGCGAGCUGGCGCUGCAGACGAGCCAGGUGGCCAAGACGCUCGGCAAGCAUAUGGGCAUCCAGAUCAUGGUCACCACCGGCGGCACGACGCUGCGCGACGACAUUCUGCGCCUGAGCCAGACGGUGCACGUGCUCGUCGGCACGCCGGGACGCGUGCUCGACCUGGCGAGCAAGGGCAUUGCGGACCUGAGCCAGUGCGGGACAUUCGUCAUGGACGAGGCGGACAAGCUCCUCUCGCCCGAGUUCACGCCCGUCAUGGAGCAGCUGCUCGGCCUGCUGCCGCGGGAACGGCAGGUGAUGCUCUUCUCGGCCACGUUCCCGCUCAUCGUCAAGGACUUCAAGGACAAGCACAUGGUCAAGCCGUACGAGAUCAACCUCAUGGACGAGCUGACGCUGCGCGGUGUCACGCAAUACUACGCCUUCGUCGAGGAGCGGCAGAAGGUGCACUGCCUCAACACGCUCUUCUCGCGCCUGCAGAUCAACCAGAGCAUCAUCUUCUGCAACUCGACAAAUCGCGUCGAGCUGCUCGCAAAGAAGAUCACCGAGCUCGGCUACUCGUGCUUCUACUCGCACGCCAAGAUGCUGCAGGCGCAUCGCAACCGCGUCUUUCACGACUUCCGCAACGGCGCCUGCCGCAACCUCGUCUGCUCCGACCUCCUCACGCGCGGCAUCGACAUCCAGGCCGUCAACGUCGUCAUCAACUUCGACUUUCCCAAGAACGCCGAGACGUACUUGCACCGCAUCGGUCGGAGUGGCCGCUUCGGCCACCUCGGCCUCGCGAUCAACCUCAUCACGUACGAGGACCGCUUCAACCUGUACCGCAUCGAGCAGGAGCUCGGCACCGAGAUCCAGCCCAUUCCCGCCACGAUCGACAAGCGCCUGUACGUGGCGCCCGCACUCAUCGACGCCGCCGAGGAGGAGGAGGCCAAGCGCGCCGGCGCGCCGCGGCAAAAGCAGCACCAGAACGGCGCGCCCGUCAUCCCGCCGACGCAGCGCGCCAUGCACCAGGCCAUCAUUCCGCAGAGCCAGGACUUUACCCAGAGCGUCGCCGGCGGCACCCGCGGCCGUGGCGGCGGCCAGCCGCAGCAGCAGCAGUCCCAGCAAUAG